UGGCCAGAUUUUUUCUUCAGCCCACAACACAAUAAGAGAGCGCACGAGAGCGCUCAAAGGGGCAAGCGCAACGAGGCGACACGCACGAACGGUCCCAGGAGCAGCAGCCCGCGGCAGCCCCUGCAAGGGAGGCCUCUGCCAGCGGUUCCACACAAGACAGAAUGGCCACCACCGACGAGUACUUCCCCGCGACGAACGCGUUCCUGCGCUCGCUCACGGAGCCGGAGCCGGCGCCGCGGCCGCCGUCCACGCGCAGCGAGUCGGCCGCCGCGUCGGUGAACUGGCGCGUCGCGGACGCGACGGAGCGCGCGGCGACGGACCGAGCGGAGCGAGCUUUCCGGGCCUUGGAGAAGAAGGCGCCAAAGGCCAGCAAGCCCCGAAGGGCCAAGAAAGCCAAGGCGCCGAUCCCGGCGCCUCCCGCGCACGCCGCGAGCCCGCCCAUGCCAGAAACCGACACUUCUGGAGCAAACUACCACUACACCCCGACGCCGACACACAAAAGCUAUCGGGAGAGACAGAUGUCCACGCUACAACUGGAAGCUCCCGGAGGUGUUGCUGGUUGUUUUGAGAGGGCCGGCUGGAUGUGCUGCGUGGAAGACAACCGGACAUCCACCAGGCCGCACGGGAAGAAGCAUUUCCAGGACGCCCUCAGUCUGAUACCCGUCACAACAAGGGAAGAUGCCCAUUUAUUCAGAGAGAAGGUGAAGGGGCGGACGACCGACAACGAUGGGCUGGUCGCCGACGCGGAGGACGCCGAAGGAAGGACGCUCCUCUGGCACGCGGCUUUGCAUGAUGACGUCCAGUCGGCGAAGCUGUUGUUGGAGCACGGCUGCGCGCAUCUCAUCCUCGAACCGGAUUAUGUGCAUCGCCUGAGUCCUUUGCAGCUGGCCCAGAAACAUACGAGAAGGGAGCUCGAGGACAUGUUCUUGUCCUAUGUCUCGGCCUCGGAUCGCGACCGGCACUGGCACCACGGACGUCUCGAGAGCGUGUCGCCGCCGUCGCAGCCGUCGCAGCGCGGCUUCUUCUCCUAGAAUUGCUGGAAUAUAGUAGUAAACACACAUUCAAUUU